AGAGGCAGAUCUCUGUGUAAAAGGAAAGCUGCCUUCAACAGUGAAGUUUUUCUUCAUCGGAGCUAGGCUUUCAGGACAACAUAAAUUAAACCAGGAAGUCUUACCAAAAUGGACCCAUUUUUGUGUCUCCUGCAUUCACUUUCCGUGAGCUUAUCUGACAACGAGCUCUCUGCACUUAAAUUUCUGUGCCUGAGCAAAAUUGGCAAAAGGAAGCUUGAGUCUGUCAAAACUGGCAGUGAUCUCUUCACCAUCCUCCUUGAACAGCGGGAGAUUGAAAGAGAGAAGGUAGAUUUUCUCCAAUUCAUGAUCAAAACCAUUAAAAGAGAAGAUCUGAUAAUGCAACUACAGGAGUUCAUAGAAGGUGGACAAGGUGAUGUUGUUAACCAUCUAGAUGAGAAAGAAAAACGUCAGCAGAAUGUAGCUUUUGAAGUUAUAUGUGACAACGUUGGGAAGAACUGGAAAAUGCUAGUUCGAAGAUUAGGAAUUUCUGAUGCAAAAAUUGACAGAAUUCUAACAGCCAAUCCUUAUAACUUGCAAGAACAAUUGAUGCAGUCACUUCGAGAGUGGCAGAAAUGGAAGGGAAAGGAAGCUAAGGUUGCUGACUUAAUAAAAGCCCUUCGGGAUUGCAAAAUGAACUUGGUAGCAGACAAAGUCGAACAUGAACUUUUACAACGGGAGGACUAAAACUAAAUGAAAUCAAAACAGUAUAUAUAAAAUGCAACAUUAAAACUGAGAGCUUAAAUAAUAAAGGAGGGAAUGCUGUUUAAUUGUUAGAACAAGAGUUAGGAUACUCCAUCAUUGAUUUAGGAGCUUAAAUUCACAUUUAGAGACAUAGACCAAGACUUUCAGAAAACACUUAUGAUUUUGGGUCCUUAAUUUUUGGAUUCUCAGUCUGAGGCAAGUUAAAGGUUUUGAUAUUUCAGAAAAUGCUGAUUACCUGCCCUUUGAGAAUCCUUAUCUUUUAUCAAGUUAGGCACCCAAAAUCAUUAGUAUCUUAUGAAAAUUCUGACCUUAGCCUCUGAUUUGUAGAUAUUUAAAUCACAGUCAUAUUUAAUCACUCAAGUGUUAAAUUCUUUUUGCCUCUCACAUCUGCCAAAUAGGAAUAUUACUAUGGCCUUGCGGUAUCUACCUCGAAGGAGUGUUGUGAAGCUUAUUCUUGUAAUGCUUAUAAGGAAGUUUGUGCUCCCUGAAUGAAGUGCUUCUUCCAAAGUGCAAAAUAUUAUUCUUAAUUUCACAAAAAUCAAGAAAUUCAAAGUUGCAAUUCCUUCAGAAGCCAUAACUCAGCCCAUUAUCCAUAUAUGGUAUUUUGCAUGACUGCAGAUGCUUUUAAAAAUUUGCCUUGAAAUAUGUACUUGAGGUGAUUGCUGUGGGAACCUGACUUCUAUGCCUUUCCAAAUUUUUAAGGUGGCUAAAUAAUUUUGUUUGUAAUAAAAAAAAAAAAACAAAGCAGAUACUAGCAACAUGCUGCCCUUCCUGCCAGAUCUUGAGAGGUAAGGAAUAUGUUCUGAAUGGUGCUUCAAGUGCUCCUUUUCCAUGCAAGGCUGUUAAGCCCCAUAUAGAAUUAGGCCUUAAGAUUGCAGUGCAAGGGGCCCAACAGUUCUCGUGGCCUUUUCUCAGCUCAGAAGUGCCUGUUUUCAGAAUAAACUGCCUGAGACAAAGGGUUUAUAUUAAGUGCCUUCCCUGCCAUAAAGAAAGGGAUGCUAUCCUGAUACUAUAAAAUACAUAGAAAGACCUUGCCCUGUAGUUGUGUAGGGGGCCUUCCUUGUUCCUCCUGCAAAAGAUUUCCCUCGUUGUAACUAUACAUCUGAAGAUGCUGCUCACAGCCACGACCACAGAGACUCUGACAGCCCACCCUGUUAGUAGAAGUCAUUCGGAUCAUCCACCCAGUUUUCAAUGGGAAAGUAGAAUUCAGUUGUCUGUGCUAUUGAUAACAUCGCAUGUUAAGACAAAGAGAUACAGACUGAAUAAACAGAAGUUUUUCUUAUGGAGAAAUGAAGUUACUGAAGAAAAUAUAAUCCCAUCACCUACAGUUUAUCCACCCUGCUAUGCAGGUGAGGAUCAGUUCUCCUUCACCGCAUGGUGCUCUAAUUGAAGGUGGCUCCAGGUCCAAUACUCCUUUCAUCAGCUUUCUUCAGUUUUCCUUCACGUCAGCUCCCUAAUACCACUCUCUUCAAGGAACCCAUAAACAGCCCACAGUCAAAAAAGCAUGAAUGGGCAAGGCCAGUUUAAGGUCGUGGGGCCUCCUGCAAACUUCAAAUUUGGCCCUUACACUAACCCAAGAUUGUGAAAACUGCAUCUACUUUAAGACCUGCUUUCAUGCCUUCUGUGUCACCUAUGUCUAGGGUGACCAGACAGCAAGUGUGAAAAAUCAGGACAGGUGGGGGGGAAUAGGUGCUUAUGUAAGAAAAAGCUCCAAAAAUUGGCACUGUCCCUAUAAAAUUGGGACAUCUGGUCACUGUACCUAUGUCUAGUGCCAGCAUCUUGCAUGAGUUCCUCUGAAAUCAAAAUUGAUGUGACUUUGACUAGGACAGCUGGUAGACUCCAAAACAUCCUACCAAGAACAUAAUGUAAAAUUCAUACCUAAAGGGAGAGGCUUCACUUUGCUGUUGAACCUGUCUCGUUUUGUUUUGUGUAGCUGAUAGCAUACUGCUCCUUGUCAGUUUCUCAUUGCAUGGCAGCAUCAUUGUACUCAGCACCAGUAUGAAAUUGACAAGAAGCCUGAAAUUCAACAGGAAUGACAGCAGGCAGAAACAACACUAUCAUGAGUGUCUCCAUAUUUUCAGUUCAGCUGAUGUCUGAGCUUCAGAAAUUGACAAGUUAACACAUGAUUAUCAUUACUAGAAAGGUUGAAAUAAUGUGUACCCAGUACCUUCAUACAACAUUGUCAUAAGGACUUUUCUUUAGAAGCUGAACAAUGAAAGAUUGGCACACAGAUAUUUAUGAUCUUAAUAAGCCAGAGACCAAUGUUUGCAAUUGUCUACACAGAAAGGAGUAAAGGGUGAUGCUCUAGCUUUCACAUCUGCCUUUGUGCAUAUACAAUUUCAAGCAAUUAAACUGUAAUAGAACAAUAGCUUGCUUUGCCUAUAUCUCAUACAGACUUCAGAAGGAGUUUAGUUCUUAAAAACUAAUGAAUAAAUAAAUUCUGAAUUCAGUGCUGAAUAAAAUUCUAAUCUUGAGCUGAAUGAAUAAUUCAAAUAAUUUUAUUUUGUUAAAAUGUCUAUGGAUUUUUUUCAUUAUUCUUCCCACUCUAAAGAUAACACUAUCUGUUUCAAAAUGUUCUGCCUAUCAUUCUCUAUAUUCAGGGCGGGGGAGGGGGGGAUUGGUAAUGUUGGCUGGAUGAGCUGUUAUGUUUACAGAAAACACAAAUGUAAUUGAGUAGUGAAAUAGCAAACCUCCUCUGCAACAACUCAAAGUUCAAUGUCCCAAGCAUUUUGUCCUCAUUACUUUUUCCCCUUAAUUCCCAAUAUUUAACAUAACGUAUGGUCUUUUGGAUCACAGCAGAUAUACAUAUAUAUGAUACAAAGAUUACAAAUAUGGUACUUUUUGCAUGUAAUUAGAAUAUCUUCUGUUGAGAACUGGAAUAGUUUUUUUAUUUUUGAAGGGAGCAGCACCUGACCCUACUAUGGUUAAAACGAAAUUUGCUCAGGAAUUGGAACAUAAUAUAAAAUUUGUUGACCCUGUGAAAUAAGGAAGUAAUUGGUGGGGGAGGGGAGUGGUAGGAUGCACUAAACAGAUCAUGUUUGAAUUUCUGCAUGUAAGGUUGAAAUUGUAAUGUAAGAUUUUAUAUGUGCAUUUCACAAAUGUUAUUUCUUAAAACAUCUUUCCUUUCAUGAAAAAAUGAAUUUGGUAUCUGUGUUGGUAGGGGAGAAAAAGGCAAAAAUGUGCAGUGGUCAAUAAUAUAUUUCCCUGUUUUGACAUAACGGAAGAAAAGGAGAAAUAUGGGAGCCUUCAUUCAAAGUUUAAUUUUUUCUUGAGUUCCCAAUAUCAAAAAGUUGUGAUUAAAAAUCCAAAAUUCAGCUUCUUAUAGUCACAUAAACUGUGUCUUGUGAUUAGAACAGGGAACUAGAAGACCUCUGUUCUGUUCCUAAUUCUGCCACUAGCCUCCUCUAAGCUUGGAGAGGAAAAAAAAUCACUUGGCCUCUAUAUGCCUCAAUUUCCCCAAAUAUAGAAUGGGAGUAAAAGGCAUUCACCAUAAUUAUCAGGAGCUCUGAGAACAAAGUAUUGUCAUUAAUGCUCCCUCACCCGCUCACAAAUUAUGAACAGCAAAAGUUUAAAUGAAACACAUGCAAAGCUAAUCUCUCAUUUAAAUUCUGUGAAUCCCUACAUUAUGUGGCUUAUACAUGAAGUCAUAUUACAGCCUUGAUAACCUUUAAUAUAUAGUUUAAAGGGAGAGCACAAAGUCAUAUCCUUAAAAUAAUAAAUAGCAUUAAAACUCAAAAAUGUUAGAAAUAUUUCCCCAUUCUGUGUUUGCUUUUUGUAUUUCACUUUUUUGUACAAUAAAAAUAAAACUAGAUUUUUUUUUAAUGUG